CGGGGAGAACACAAGCCUCUCUGUUCCUCAACUCUGCCAACUCCCAAAAGCUUCCAGAAAACCUGUAUGAUAAUACGAAUCCUAAGCUCAGACAGCAAACAUUAACGCAAUGGCUACACCAUUUCUUGCUGGUCUUGCAGUAGCAGCAACUGCUCUUGCUGGUAGAUAUAGUAUCCAGGCUUGGCAAGCAUUCAAGGCACGACCGCCUAAAAUGCGCAAUUUUUUUGAAGGCGGUUUCCAGCCAACUAUGACUAGAAGGGAAGCAGCUCAGAUUCUUGGUCUUAGGGAGAGUGCGCCCCCUGACAAGGUCAAGGAAGCACACCGGAGAGUUAUGGUUGCAAAUCAUCCUGAUGCAGGUGGCAGUCAUUACCUUGCUUCCAAAAUCAAUGAGGCUAAAGAUGUGAUGCUUAGGAAGACAAAGGGCGGUGGAUCAGCAUUUUGAUCCAUUGAUAAUCCCUCAGAUUUCGAAUAGGUGUGCUGAACGGUAGACAAUACCUCCUUCAUUAACUUUUACGUGAAGCAAGUGAUGGUCAUCCAUUCCCUGAGUCGUAGUGUUCCACCAGUCAAUGUGCUGUGGGUUCAAAUUUUGUUAAAAGCAUGAUAUUGAAAUGUAUGAUAUUGAAGACCCAAAAGGGUUUAAAGAAGGUUGUUUCUGUUAUGACAUUUAUGUACUUACAAUUCAAUUUGAAAACAUUUUGAUAUCAGAUUUAAAAAGAUGGUGCUUC